AUGAUCUCCAAAGGAUUCUUAUUGGGUCUAUGUUUCUUCGUCGCGAAAAUCUCCGCUCAAAAUGUGACUCGCUCGAAGCGACAGGAUAUUUGCAUGAAUUUAAAUGAAGUCCGAACCUGCUACGCGAACUAUAUCACCCUUUAUGGUCUACUCGCGCAAAAUGUGAACGGAAGACCGAUUCUCCAGAGAUACGAGCUCUACGAUCGCUUGAUAAAAGUCACCGAUUUAACGACGAUUUGCAAAAAUUUCGACGUGCUUCGCGGGUGUCUAGGCGGAAACGAGGAUCUUUGCAUCACACCGAACACCAUGUUGCAAAUCACCAGCAGUCCGAAUGAUGCCCGCGAUUAUCUCUUGGACUACUCGUUCUUUCAAAGCGUUUGUGGCAUCGGAAAAGAUGUCUUUCUCGAGAAUCAAAUGUGUCUCUCGAACGCUUUCGCGCAAGGAUCCCUCUCGAAUCGAAUCGUUCAAUGCGGUGGUUCAAGCUCGCAAGAUCAACAAAAUCAAAUGAUGAUUUGCGACCGAGGCAUCGCAGCGGUUGGCUGUGUCCGCGAUCAGUUCUCCCAACUUUGCGGCAUUCCAAGUGGGAAAGCCGUUUGCUCAGCGGCCGUCAAUAUGGCUAGAGGGUUACGAGAGGCCGAUGUCACGUGCAUUCAACAAAUGGAUUUCGUCUGCAACUCGAUCGCUCAUCUUCAAUAUCCCUUGUUUACAUUUGCAUUGAUUUUCCUGUUUUUUAAAUGU